GACAAUUGACAUUGUUUACAAAUCUCAAAACCUUUAACAAAUCCUUAACAAACCCAUUGGUUUAGUUUCGAUAAACCUGGUUCAAAUAUUAAGCCAAUUUUUCGAUGGCGUAGAUCGCUGAAAUGGCGAAGCUGUUAAUAAUUUUUCUCUAUUGUAUUUGUGCGAAUGGAGAACAGUUUAAUUUGCAAGGAGAUGCCGGCCUUGCCUAUUCUGUUGAGGUAAUCAUGGGACAUCCACAUCAAAAGAUAAACCUUUUAAUUGAUACUGGUAGCACAACAUUAGCUGUUGCUUCAUAUUCAAGACAAGAUAGUGAUAAAUACUUUGAUGCAAACAAUUCUAGCAGCAUUUAUGACAGUGGGAAAAAGGUGCAGGCAACAUACUUUGAAGGCAAAUGGAUUGGCCGUUUAGUCUCAGAUUAUAUACAGCUCCCAUCUAUGCCAUUGGUGCCAGAAGUCAGGACUGAUAUGGCACUUAUUAUGGAAAGCCACAAUUUUUUUAUGAAUGGCUCACAAUGGCAGGGUCUUCUAGGACUCGCAUAUCUACCAGUUGGAGCAAGGGGAGCAGAUGUAAUUGUGGAAUCAUGGUUAGAUUCCCUUGACCGUACUUUGACUAGACCUGUAUCAUUUCAACUCAAACUUUGUGCUACAUUAAGUACACAAAAUGCGACGCACUAUGGAAACUUUCAGAUACUAGAUGGUAAACAAAAAAAUGAAAAUUUAAACAAAUCAUACCGAACAACUAUAAUACAAAAAAGGUGGUAUGAAGUUGGUGUUUUAUCUGUGAGGGUUAUGAGACAUGUAAAUAAAUCAAGCAAUCCUCCAGACAUAGAUGAACAUAUGUGUCAAACGCUUAAUAAAAUAAAGGCUAUAGUUGAUAGCGGAACAACAAAUAUAAGGUUACCUAAUUGUUAUUUUAGGCAGAUUGUUGAUGAUUUGAGAAGCGCAGCACAGACUUCUAAUAUGUUAAUUACGGAUGACUUUUGGUAUGCGGGAGAGACUGGAUGUUGGCCAGAGCCUCAAGACUGGUCACUACCCUGGGUAGCGGUAGACCUACUUAGCUACGAAGCAGAUAACCAGUACUUUACGUUAAUGCUGUCGCCGCAGAAUUAUAUGAGAGUCGUGGCAGCACAGAACAGCAGCGGUGAAAGUGGGACCGUAUCAGAAUACUGUUACAAAUUGGGUUUUGAAAAAGGCGGAGAUGAAACUGUACUCGGCUAUACAGCCAUGGAAGGAUUUCAGGUAUUAUUUAACAGAUCAGCCGGUUGGAUCGGCUGGCAGACCUCGGACUGUGGUCCAAACACUAAAAUAAUGGGACCGUUUGUCGUUUCUAGUUCUCUUAAAUCAAAAUGCAAACUCAUUAAGUCCGCACCUGACUCUACGAUCUCGAUAAAAGCAGCUCAAUGGGCCUUAAGCGCCAUAUCUGUUAUAGCGGCUAGUAUAUUACUGUACUUACUGUAUCCGUGUAUAAAAACAUUACUGACGAGACGGCUUAGAUCUCCUUCACAGAUUUCUAUGUCACAAGCAGCCUUAGUUGAGCAAGAAUCUACGUGAUUGACGUAAUGUAUUAAUAGAUGGCGUUGUCUAUUGAUUAGCUUAAUAGUCUUCAUAUUGCAACUUCAGAAUUGAAGUAGCUUAACUAAAAACUUGAAGACAACAUGUAUGCUAUAAGUAUAACAUAUCAAAUUAAAAUAAAAAAAUUAAAAAUUCAAUUUAAAUUUUAGGUUAGAAAAGGCCAAGUACACUUUCCGUCUCUUUUAAGUCAAGCGCUUAAUCUAUAAGCACCUUGAACAUCUUAAACUUUAAGCACUUGAAACUAUGGUGUGGUAUUGUUUAAGGCUUAAAGUAUUAAAAUCGAAACUGAAAAACUACAAUUCUCCUAAUACGUUUUUGGCGUAUACCAAAAAACAAGAAUUUUGGAUUAACCCACUUCAAUUCUAAAGGUGCGAUAUCAUUCUUACGUUGAGUAUGUAUCUGCAGAUCAUCCAAUAUCCAAAAUGUUAGUUUAGAAUUUUUAAUCUAUCAUAGAUAUGUUUUUCAAUAAGCUUAUAAUUUGUGUUUGUAUGUGUACGUGUUUUCAAGUAAGUUUUUAUUCAACUAGCUAUUAAUUUUUUGCGACCGGUGUUUGUAGUAAAAAUAACACCAUUAAUAAUUGAUAAAAAAAGUUUGGUUAAGUUAUUUUAAAUAGCAGUCAUAGAUACUGGCAAUAAGUCCUAAGAAUAAUGUUUUAGUCAAAACUAGUUGAUAAUAUAAUUAUUUAAAGAAAAUAUGUGGCAAUAAAAUUUUAAAAAGAUUAAAA